UGGCACACUUGUGGCCAAAGCUGACUAUUGCUGCUCUGUGGCUUCCUCCCAGCCUCAGAUUUUAGGUCAGCAUCUCCAGCAGCCUGGCUCAUGGCUCUGCUCUUCUCCUUGAUCCUCGCCAUUUGCACUGGACCUGGCCUCUUAGAGUCUUCGUCCAGAGUGCGGCUGGUGGGAGGUGACCACCGCUGUGAAGGGCGGGUGGAGGUACAACGGUAUGGUGAGUGGGGUACCAUAUGUGAUGAUGGCUGGGACAUAAAAGACGUGGCUGUAGUGUGUCGGGAGCUGGACUGUGGAGUGGCCAAAAGGGCACUCAGUGGUACUUUAUUUGGACCACCGACACAACAGCAGCAGAAAAUCUUCAUCCAACAAGUCAAGUGCCAUGGCAUGGAAGAGAACCUGUCUCAGUGUGAAGAAGAAGAUGCUUUUGACUGCACCCAUGAUGAGGAUGCAGGAGUCGUAUGUGGGUUUCCAGAGAAUGUGCGACUGGUUGAUGGCCACAAGCGCUGCCAGGGCCGAGUGGAGGUGAAGCAGCAAGGGCAAUGGGGCACCGUGUGCAAAGGAAGCUGGAACUUUGCAGCUGCCAAGGUGGUUUGCCAGCAGGUGGGCUGUGGGCGGGCCAUACUGACCCGGAAAUGCUGCAACAAAGCCACCCAGGGCCAAGGGCCGAUCUGGCCGAGAAAGGUGUCAUGCUCAGGAAAAGAAAUCAGCCUCCAGGAUUGCCCUUCUGAAGUUUGGGAAAAGAACAACUGCACCCACGAUGAGGACAUGUGGGUGGAAUGUGAAGAUCCCUUUGACUUGAAGCUGGUAGGAGGAGACAGCCCCUGUGCCGGGAGGCUAGAGGUGCUGCACAAGGGCGAGUGGGGCACUGUCUGUGAUGAUGACUGGGGAGAAAUGGCGGACCAGGUGGUUUGCAGGCAGCUGGGCUGCGGGGCGUCCCUCUCUCCAUCUGUCAAAUUCCGGAGAAGAUUUGGCCCUGGGGUCGGCCGCAUCUGGCUGGACGACGUUGCCUGCUCAGGGAAUGAACGGUCCCUGGAGCAGUGCCGGCACAGGUUUUGGGGCCAUCACAACUGCAAGCACACAGAGGACGUGGCUGUGGUCUGUGCAGAACAGUAGCCUGGCCUACCUGAUGCCUGAGCUGACCCCAACAGGCUCCAAGUGUCCCCUACUUCUCAUAGGCCCUGAUUGGCUGGGUUUGGGCCCUGGGCUGCAGGCUGUACCCACCUCCCGCUCUGCCCCCCAGCAGGAAUCUGAACUCUGUGCCCUGCCUUUCCCUAGAGCCAAGCCCUCCUGUCAUUGCCUGGAGAUGUGAGCUGUGGAAUGCCCUCUGCCGGGGAAGAUGAGCUCAUAGUCCCCCUCUCUUCCCUGAAGGCCACCAUAGCAGCUUGGGCCUGUGCUGCCUCUUUUGCCCAGUCUGGGAUCCCCAGACUGGUGCUUUGACCAGUGUGGGCCAUCACUGGGCACCAUCUAUGUCUGAAAGAACAUGAAAGGAACCAGAUCAUUAUGUGGAACUUGGGGGAGUCUUUCAGCUCUCUUUCUCACACGUGGGGUGAUCGCAUUGAUAGCACCUCACUGUCCUUCUACUCCUUGGUGGCAGCACAUUCUUUCAGGAGCAGAGCAGCGUCCUGUAAUUCUAGCUGUUUUCACGGUACUUGGAAACAAUGGCUCAUCCCCUGAAUGCCUGUGAUUCAACACCUUUGCUGACCCUCCAUAAUGGCUAGCCGACGUGGAUGCCGUUUAUCAAGAAGAAUCUCACAAAUGCAUUCUAAAUCAUCCAGAGAAACACAUGUUGGUGAUGCGGCCGCCUCUGGAAGGAGGGGAGGCUGAGGCAGAAGAAGGUUGGGGAGGCGGGACUGAUGCCUUACGCCAAUCAGAUGAUACCACUUUCACUGUAUCUACUCAGACGCUGGCGCCUGCACAUCUGGGGCAAGGCACAGUGAUGAUAAGGAGCCUUCAACUCUGAGGCUAAGCUGAGCACCUGCUUAUGCCUGCUUUUCCGCUGCCUAAUAAAGCAGACCUCACAGUCUCUACAGCUGC